AGCUGGCCUGAGGUUCACAGCAGCAGUAACAACAACCAGAGAAGAAGGCUUCAGCAGCUUGGCCCUUCCAGUCCAGAUCUGCCAGAGAACCCACCUUUGAGGUGGCCAGUGACCAGACUUUACCCCAGGAUGGGGACUAUGUCCAGAGCAGCCUUGGUCUUGGCCUGUUUGGCUGUGGCUUUUGUUGCCUCCGAGGGUGGCCUCAAGGCUCCAGGGCAGAGGGAGCUGAGGCCAGAGCACUUUAUGCAGCACUUUCACGAAGUUGGCUAUGCAGCACCGCCCUCUCCACCCCUGAGCCAAAGCCUCCCCAUGGAUCACCCUGAUGCCUCUCAGCAGGGCCCUCCCUUGGAGGGACAGAGUGAAGUGCAGCCCCUUCCCCCUCAGGAAGCCAUCCCUGUCCAAGAGGAAGAGGUGCCCCCUCCCCAAGUCCCUUUUGAAAAGACAGCAGACCUCCCUCACCCUCAGGAAGCCAUCUCUGCCCAAAAAGAAAACCUGCCCCCUCCUCAACUCUCUAUUGAACAGAAAGAAGACAAGCCAGCUGCAUUUGUGGGCCAAUCCCACCCAGAACCUGAGACCUGGAAUCCAGCCCAGCACUGCCAACAAGGUCGAUCCAAAGGGGGCUGGAGCCACCGGCUGGAUGGCUUCCCCCCUGGGCGGCCUUCCCCAGACAACCUGAACCAGAUCUGCCUUCCUGACCGCCAGCAUGUGCUCUAUGGCCCCUGGAACCUACCACAGUCUGGCUACUCCCACCUUACUCGCCAGGGUGAGACCCUCAAUUUCUUGGAGACUGGAUAUUCCCGCUGCUGCCGCUGCCACAGCCAUACACACCGCCUGGACUGUGCAAAGCUUGUGUGGGAGGAUGCAAUGACCCGGUUCUGUGAGGCCGAGUUCUCGGUCAAGACUCGAGCCCACUGGUGCUGCAAACGGCAGGGAGAGGCUCGAUUCUCCUGCUUCCAGAAGGAAGCUCCCCAGCCACACUAUCGGCUCCAGGCCUGCCCUGACCACCAGUCUGGUAUUUCCUCGGGCCCCGAGCUGCCUUUCCCCCCUGGGGUGCCCACAUUGGACAAUAUCAAGAACAUCUGCCACCUGAGACGCUUCCGCUCUGUGCCACGAAUCCUCCCCGCUACUGACCCCAUCCAAAGGCAGCUGCAGGCUCUGACCUGGCUGGAGGGGGAGUUCCAGCGCUGCUGCCGCCAGGGGGACAACCACACCUGUACUUGGAAGGCUUGGGAGGAUAGCCUUGAUCGAUACUGUGACCAAGAGCAUGCUGUAAAGACCCAUCACUACUCGUGUUGCCACUACCCUCCUAGCCCUGCUCGAGAUGAGUGCUUUGCCCGUCGGGCUCCAUAUCCCAACUAUGACCGGGACAUCCUGACCGUUGACAUCAGCCGAGUCUCCCCCAACCUCAUGGGCUACCUCUGUGGGAAACAAAGAGUUCUCACCAAGCAUAAACAGAUUCCUGGGCUGAUCCGGAACAUGACUGCCACUUGCUGUGAACUGCCAUUUCCAGAGCAAGCCUGCUGUGCCGAAGAGGAGAAAUUAGCCUUCAUCAAUGAUCUCUGUGGUCCCCGACGUAACUUCUGGCGAGACCCUGCUUUCUGCUGUGACCUGAAUCCUGGGGAUGAACAGGUCAACUGCUUCAACACCAAUUAUCUGAGGAAUGUGGCUCUAGUGGCUGGAGACACUGGGAAUGCCAAGGGCCAGGGGGAGCAGGGCCCAACUGGGGGAACAAAAAUCAGUUCCACCCUUGAGCCCAAGGCAGAAUGAGUCACCCCAGAGCUUUGGAUGGGGGGAACUCCGCCCUGCCCCACCCUUCUCAGCACUCAUUAUAGUAAACACCUCUUGGAUCUGGA